UCUCCGCGACUGGAGGAGGCGAAGGGGCCGCGAGGCCGCUGCCGGUGGAGAUGCCCGGCCGGGGGCCGCUGCGCCGGGGGCCGCGCUCCGGCGGGUCCCGCCCCGCUCCGCCCCGCGCGUCAUCCCGGCUCCCCGCCGGAUUGGGCGCCGCCGCGCCCUCGGCCGAUCCAGGAUGGCGGCGCCCAGCGGACCCGCGAGCUGCGAGGACUUCGCCGAGUUCCAGGAGCUGCUCAGGGUGAUGAGGACAAUCGAUGAUAGAAUUGUUCAUGAACUAAACACUACGAUUCCAACAGCUUCCUUUGUGGGGAAAGUUGAUCCUGGCCAGACAUGUAAAGAGCUGUACGAGUCUUUGAUGGAUGCUCACACCAAUAGAGAAAGAAUCAUCAAAAACUGCAUCUCUCAGAGUUCCGCUGUAGUGAAAACUCUCAAAGAAGAGAGGGAAAAGGCCCCUGAAGAUGCAGCAUUAUUAAAGCAACUCAGGAAAGAGCAGACAAAGUUGAAAUUGAUGCAAUCGGAGCUCAAUGUUGAAGAAGUGGUAAACGACAGAAGCUGGAAGGUAUUUAAUGAGCGGUGCCGAAUUCACUACAAGCCUCCGAAGAGUCAAUGAUGAUGUGGGGUAUUUUCCAUCAAGGUGGUCCAUAACUGAGAGCCAAACUGGAAAGAGACCUUGGGUGAGCUGAACUGGGACCCUCCAGAGCCAGUAGAACCCAAUCUUGUUUUGUUUUGGACCUACUUAGCUGAAUUCUCAAGCUUGAAAUGAUUCUCCUGUAAUUAAGAGAAAACAACUCAUCUUUUGUACAAAAUAUGUGAACAAAUGAGUUUUAUAGUAUUAAAACAAUUUUCAAAUGGAAUGCAAAACUGGCAUCUUUCUUGAACUUCCACAGCUUCAGUGGUUCCAGAGGGGAAGAAACAGUAAAACCCAUCCUGAGCAGGGAGGACAAGGCUCUCCCUGUGCUAGUGCCUGCUGAAAUAUCAGUGAAUGUGGUCUUUAUGUGGAAAUAAUCUGCUGAAGUCUGAAAGAAAAUAAAAAUUACAGACUGAUCA